UUGGCGCCAAUUCUGUUAGUGGUCGUAUGCUCCCAUCCAUCACACGUUCACAAUCGAUUGACUAUCAGAAAUACUUGGGCUUUUAACUUUUCAAAACAGAUAAGUGUCGUGUUUUUGAUUGGAAAAGUCAAAGACGAUUCCUGGAACUCUGUAAUAAGAAGAGAAAGUCUCAUACAUAAAGAUAUUGUAAAAGUGGACGUGAUAGAAACGUAUAGAAAUCUUACAGUCAAAAUGAUGGCUGGUUUUAAGGCAAUUUUAACUCAAUUUCAAUUCGUGAAAUAUAUUCUGAAAACAGACGAUGACACUUUCAUAAAUCUUCCGUAUCUUUUAAGAGAAUUAAAUACCAAUAUUAAUUUUGUUCCAGCUGAUCAAGUAGUCGGUGCCUUGUGUAUAAAAUCUAGAGUGAUAAGAGACCCUCGUGAUGUUUGGUUUGUUCCAUAUAGUAUUUACUCUAAUAGCACAUAUCCUCCUUAUGUACACGGCGGUGCAUAUUUAUUACAAUAUUCUACUUUAAAUAAACUCUUAUCUUAUUCCAUAUCACCAUAUUUACAGUUAGAAGAUGUUUAUAUAACAGGAAUAUUAUCUAGAGAUAGUGGAAUCAUUCCUGUUAGUCACAGAGCCUUCUCUUUC